AUGAAUAUAGAAGGUACAUCUUCAAUUGAAAUCGAAUCUGAACCACCAAUACCAAUUAAACUACCUGAUGGCCAAAAUAUACGAAAAAAAAAUGAAGAUGGAUUAAUUUGUGGAUGGCAACUUGGCCUAGAUCAACCCGUUAAACAAGAAAAAAAUGAAUCAUGGCAGCUUGACCUAGAUCAACCCGUUAAACAAGAAGACAAUGAAUUAUACCAACCUAUAUCCUUCAAGCUUAACUGGGGCUACCCAAAUUUAGAGGCAGUUUCAAAUAAUAAACUUGUUGCAAUAAAUUGGAACUCAAGAAUAACUGUUUAUAAUCUUGCCACUAAAAAGAAAGUAAAUCUAAAAUUAUAUCCAUAUUUAAAUGAUAUCGAUAUAUGGAUUGAUCGUUGUAUAUUUUAUAAUAAUGAAGAUUUCAUAAUGUGUGCAAAGCAUAGUGUAAUCGAAGAGUUCUGUGAUUAUUACCUUAUUCUUAAAGGUUCAUUUAAAAAUUCAAAUGAGCAAAGCUGGACAAUUAAUAAUUCAAUUUCAUGUGGAAACGUUAAAGAUGUAAAGUGUUAUAUGACUAAAGAAAAGAUAAUGCUUCUUGAUAAAUCUUCAACAAAACCAGUUAUUUCCAAUAAAGGAUUUAAACAGUUGAUAGAUGAAAAAAUAUAUUAUAUAUCAGAGGGAGUUUUACCCAGAAAAUCUCAAAUAGAGAAGAUAUUACAAGAACUUAUAAGUGAAAAUGAAGGUAAUGAUUCUAUCAGAAUGAAGGAAACAAAAUCAUAUGAAGGAUCAUUAGUGAAAUGGGAAGUAAAUGGCGAGGAAAACGUAAUACAGGCUUUUAAAAAAACUGAUUCGAACACUUGGGAAGAUGUAUCGGUAGAUAAUUUUGAUUUUCUUUUUGAUUGUAAAAAAUAUGUAAAAUAUGUAAAAGAAAAUAGACGAUUAUUACUUCUUAAAGAAUUUCUAGAUAACUUAUUGGAUAAUUAUAUUGAAGAUAAUAUACUAAUGAAAUUAUAUGGGCAAGAGCUUAUAAAACUCUGCUUAAAGUUUCAAUAUUACUUAUUGGCAGAAAAAUUAUGUAAUAAAAUAUACAAUGAACCAAACUUAUCAUUAAUGAAAUUAUGUGGAGGAGAAUUUCUAAAGGGUUUAUUAAAACUUCAAUUCUAUCUACCAGCAGAGAUAUUAUGUAAUAAAAUAUGCAAAGAAGCAGAAAAGGAUAACUUUUUAGAGAAGAUUCAAUUAUUAAACAUUUUAACCUUUUCAUUUAAAGAAUUAACUCAAUAUCCUCAAUUAUUAAAAAAAUGUUUAUCUUAUAUUUUAUUUAUACAUUUAAAUAAUCAUUAUGAAAAAGUUAACUUAUUCUUUUCAAAACCACAUCUUCAGAGUCAUAUAAAAUAUUUACAACCUUCUGUGACUAGUAAUAUUAAAAAGAAUAUUAAAAGUCUUUUUACUUUAUUAAAAAUUUCUAAAAAAGAAACAAUAUUUGAUCAAG